AAGACUAAGUAAUACAAUUAAUGGUUUCAGCAUAUUCCAAAAAACUUUAGCCGAAACGCACGAUCCAUGUUUUCUCCUUCUUCUCUCCUUUGAAACACACCCUCUUCCUCCGUCGUCUCUGCCACCGUCCGCCGCCGUCGCUCACUAACAAGUGUCCACCUACGAAUUUCACAUGGCAACUGCAGCUUUCUCUAUUAGCCAAGUCUUCCACUUCUCCAGUUUCCCAAGAAGCUCACUCCAAAGAAAUGGUCUACGAAGCUUCACUCUUCUUCUACCAUUCUCCUCUUCCUCUUCUAAGCUUGACCAAAAGAAAUGGAGGCAGCCUAUUGUUUCAUCGCUGGAGCUUGGAGGUGUCAAGAUUGCCAAACAUGAUGUUGUGAGGGAUGAUCCUACAAAUAAUGUUCCGGAUACAAUUUUCUCCAAGCUUGGAAUGCAACUCCACAGAAGAGAUCAACAUCCUAUUGGGAUUCUUAAGAAUGCGAUUUAUGAUUACUUUGACACUAAUUACUCCAACAAGUUCGAUAAGUUUGAUGACCUAUGUCCAUUGGUUACUGUAAAACAGAACUUUGAUGAUGUACUUGUUCCUGCCGAUCAUGUGAGCCGAAGUUAUAAUGACACAUAUUAUGUUGACUCACAAACUGUUUUGAGGUGCCAUACAAGUGCUCAUCAGGCGGAGUUGCUAAGAAAUGGACACACUCAUUUUCUUGUAACAGGAGAUGUUUAUCGUAGGGACUCCAUUGACUCAACUCAUUACCCUGUUUUUCAUCAGAUGGAAGGUGUUCGAGUGUUUUCUCCAAAUGAUUGGGAUACGUCUGGGAUUGAUGCCACAUCUUACGCUGCUAAAGACUUAAAGGAGUGCCUUGAGGGUUUGGCACGCCACUUAUUUGGCGCUGUUGAAAUGCGCUGGAUUGACACAUAUUUUCCAUUCACCAGUCCAUCAUUUGAACUUGAGAUCUUUUUCCAGGAAAAGUGGUUAGAGGUUUUGGGAUGUGGGGUUACGGAGAAAGAAAUAUUGCAAAGAAGUGGGAAAACAGAUAAUGUUGCCUGGGCUUUUGGGCUUGGAUUAGAGCGGCUAGCAAUGGUUUUAUUUGAUAUACCAGAUAUACGCCUAUUUUGGUCAGCUGAUGAAAGGUUUACUUCUCAGUUUUCAUCUGGCCAUCUGGGUGUUAAAUUCAAGCCAUUUUCCAAGUAUCCUCCUUGUUACAAAGAUAUUAGUUUUUGGAUUGAUGAAUCAUUCACGGAAAACAAUUUAUGUGAAGUUGUUAGAGAAAUUGCUGGAGAUCUUGUUGAGGAGGUGCAACUCAUAGACAAUUUCACAAACAAGAAAGGAAUGACAAGUCACUGUUACAGGAUAGCAUACCGCUCCAUGGAGCGUUCGCUGACCGAUGAGGAAAUUAAUAAGCUUCAGUGGGAUGUAAGAGAACGAGCAGUGAGCAAGUUGAAUGUUAUCCUCAGAUGACAGUCGAGAGAGUAGCACAUUAGGCAGCCUAAAUCAAGUCCUAUAUGUUGGCUCUAUAAGGACUGAGUUUUAUGCUGCCAAGUUCAUUUUUGGCUUGUGGCAACUUGCGCUUCCAAGCAUACAAGGUGAUGUAGAUAUAAUUUAAAAUAAAAAGAAGUAAUUGUUGUCAUUAUUUUUCACUCAGGCAUAACUUAAAAUUGUUUUCUAUUUUCGUGAUGACUGGUGCAUGUACAAGUUUGUUUUGUACCCUUACAAUUCAAUUGCCUUUGACACGAUAAUGAAAUUAUAAAAAAAUUGGGUUUUUUUUUA